AUGUCCCCGCGCGCCCCGCCCCGCCCCGCCCUCGCCCCGCCCCCGCGCCUCACGUCGAUUCUUCUUCCAUUUACAGAGGAAGAGGAAGUAACGACGGUAACAUCGAGCGCGAGGAGGGACUCGUCAGAAAAAACAGUUAGCAGUACCACAACUACUAAAACUUCAAAAGGCCCCGGUUGUAGCUCGCCCAAGAGCCCGCAGAGCCCGGGCUCUCCGUCGCAGCCUUACUUCAAGUUCACGGACCCCGCGCUGCAAGCCAGCGCCGUCACUAUUAAAGAGCGUUUGCUGCAGUGGUGUCGCGACAAGACCCGGGAUUACGAGAAUGUGAAGCUGGAGAACUUCUCGACGAGCUGGGCGGACGGGCUCGCGUUCUGCGCGCUGCUGCACCACUUCCUGCCCGACGCCUUCGACUACUCCGCGCUCUCGGCCGACCGGCGCCGGCACAACUUCACGCUCGCCUUCAAAGUUGCCGAUGAGAAGGCGGGCAUCUACCCCCUCCUGGACGUGGACGACAUGGUGGCGAUGCGCAAGCCCGACUGGAAGUGCGUGUUCACGUACGUGCAGUCCAUCUACCGCCGGUUCAAGGACGAGCGCUGACGCCCCGCCCCAACCCCGCCCCGCCCCCUCGCCCCGGCCGCCCCGUGUCUCGGCGCCGGGGUGGGGCAUCGUCCGGGAGCGUAGAGUAGUUGAACGUUAAGUCACAAAUGUAUCGCGGAAGAUUUGAGUCCAAAGAGCGUCUGUUGUUGAUAUUGCUUGUUCGUGUUUAUGUUUGCCAGAUGUUUACCCGCGGCGUCCGCCCGACUCGCCGUUUCUCCGAGCGCCGUCUCGUACAGAGUCCUCCUAUUUAUUGUAAUCUCGAGAUGUAUGUGAUUUCUUUAUAUUAGAUCGUAAGUUUGACUAACAGUUAUAUUUCGAGCGUUUAUCUAGGUAAUAGUAUUUCUGAUAUUGUAUUAUCGCCACCCGACGCGCUAUGACGAGGAUCUCCUUAACUUAUUUACCUACAUAAGCGAGAUGCAUCCUCGCGGCCGUGUCGUUAUGAAACUGUAAUCCUAACAUUUAAAUUGUUUAAUUUUUUACAAUACGACGUAUUAAUUUUAUAACCGCUUGGAAAUAAUCUAAUGUCUAAUGAUUCUUUGAAUAUUAUAAUUUAUAAUUAAUUUAUAUGGAUACAAUGAAAUAAAUAUUAUUAACAUUUUUUU